GCCAGCAUCAACGGAGGUGGGCGAGGUGGUCCGCAAACGCAGGACGUAUCGAGGGGACGACGACGACGACUCCGCGCUUGCAAUGUUAAUGUACGACGAGGACGAUGAGGAGGACGACGAACCCGCGCAGCAAGUUUUACUAGUUCAAGACGUCGUCGAUGCUACUACUCCAGCACAACUCGUCCAACAUCCUGACGCGACAGACGCCAACCGCGGUCAGCAUGAUUUCAACAUAAUUUCAGUUCGCAGUAAGAACAAGCACGACGAUCCUGCUGUGGACGUCGUCGGCGAUAUCAGAAGCUGCACGCCAGAAGUUGUAGCGGUAGAAGCCGUCAAAAAUGUUCUCGAGGUGCCUUCUGAAAGCACAAGCAGUAUCCAAGUCACAGCCCAAGGUGAAGAAGAUGGAGGUGCUGGAACAAGAGGAAUAGUAAAGCCGGAUGUUGUUGUAAAUGAAAGAGCCCGAAGAGAAACAUCGCGGGCGGUCCCCGUGGAGGUCGUGGGAGCCUCGCCACGGAGCGGCAUGAAGACGGCAACAAGCGUGCCAAAAAUAGAAGCGACAAAGAUGAGUGCCAAGGACGCGAUGAAGGCAUGGCCACCAGCACCAAGUUCGUUUGCGGAAAAAGUAGUAAAAGACGACAGCUGUAAGAAUGCGGCGCACGCGUUUGAGCGCAUAAGGAGAACAAGCCGAACUACCUCUACCGAGGACAAAAUCGACAAGCUGUUAAAUCGCAACCUGGUAUCCAGGAAGAAACACGUAUCCCCAUCCAAUUUGUAAUGCAAAACACGCAUAAAAUCCCGGAUUUGUCAUGCAAAAAAUGGAUGGGGGUGGGUGUUGUUUCCUCGAUACCUGGAGAACCGCAUGGCAACCGCGAACGUGUUCCUCCGUCUUCAAAAGCGCGAAGAGCCACCACAGCGUGGUUCUUCAUCUAUUCAUCUCAUUAUCGAUUGUAAAGAUUAGAUUGUGCCUGGGUUCUGAGGCGAAGGCGCCGACUAGAGCAAGAUGAAAAGUCAGGAUUUCUGACCAGGGCUGGAAAAUAAUUGAGGAGAGCCGUAUCGAAAUAAUUAAAUUGCCUGUAGUCCACCCGUUCUUGUUAUUCGAAAAUCUGUAUUGCUUGACCGAAAUCAACAACAAAAGUGCAACUUUCUUUGUCAUGCCAAAUUCUUGCAAAAACGCUCCUCGUCCGCUCCUAAUCUAUCAUCCACAGUUCCGCAUCACAAGUUUUAUUCCACGUAUUCUCGUCGAGAGGACCCAGACGUAGUAAGUUACAAUGCAUAUUACCCAUGAAGACGACGCCCGGCAGGAGCCAGCCAGCUGCCUCGGCGGACGAGCGGAAGGACAAAGAGCUGCUCCCGGAAGCCACAGAAGUGCAGCCUCGACCAACCGCCCAGGCGCAACGGAUAAAAAAUAAAGGAAGCAAAAACGUCAGCAAACACCAAAAGUGCUCUACUAGUGGAAAUGACAAUGCAGCGCCCCAGCAGCCGGAACCCGAACCUCAAGAGGAAGGACGAAAAGGAAGCCUCGACAUGAUAUCCAAAUGAAAUAAAGCGCCCCCCCUCGCCAGAAGCAGAAGUAGAACGAACAGUUGGUAUAAUUGGAAACUCUCUGUGCACCCCUGCUGCUCGUGUGGAUGUGCAAGAUGAGGGAAUAAAAAGAACUCGGGGGGCGCAACUUUUACGCAUGAUUAUCACGACUUCUGGUAAGAUCGGGCAUGGUGGGGGCGUUUGUUUCCCUCGAGGAUAAGUCUAUCAGCAACUGGAGGAUCUGAUUGUCUCUGCAAGGCAGCUGACCAGUACUCCAACCUUGUCGAAGUCGUCUCCUUUCGCUCAAGCAAAGUCGACGGCCGAGCUGCAUUUGGAUCAUCACGCUAGUAAAACGAAAAGCGGGACAUCAGGAAGGACACGACCGUCACGACCUACUGCGGACGAUGAAGAAAAUCAUCUGGAUCAUCUGCUCUCGAGCAACAGCACCAAAGAUGCGGUAGAGGACAAAGCGGUAGAAUUAGAUGCCGGCCCUCUUACAACAACAACAUCUUCCGAGACGAUCCAGACAAGAAGUGGUCCAAGUGCUUCGCCUGCUCGAGAAGAUCGCAAGCCUGACCACGGGCAAGAAGAAUGCGCUGUAUCUCUCGAUGUAGGUGAAAGGCGCGAGGAGGAAAUCAGGAACAACGUCGCCAGCACCGUCACGGCACCGGCAGACGACGAAGCCGCACCAGGAACAAGAAAUACUGGAGACACGAAGGAUAAACAAGCAGGUCCUCGCGUACCGCUACUGCAAGCAGCAGGACGCGGCUUGUUCAUCCCACGAACAUCUCCAGUCGUAUCUCAGCGUGAAGACGAGCCCCGAUCAAGUUCAAGUUCCUACACGGAAAACGAUCAUGAUUCUGAUCAUCAUCGAGCGGUGGACUCGGCGGCCGCUUCAGAAUGUACACGUUCCGGUCCUCUGGGCGCAUCGCUGAUGCUCGGGAAUAAAACGAAUACGAAUUCCAGCACAACUAGCAGGCAAAAAAGGGCCGAUUGCUCAACAAGAACCUCCUCGGAGCCGGAAGUGGACCUGAAUCGAGUAGAGUACCUUGAUUGGGUUCUCAAUAAUAAGGGCACGACAUCGGGCGCCAAUGCGAGGGCCCCCGAUAUUAAUGAAGUACAGGAGGUGCAUGGUGCAGGACCACAAGCACGACGUCGUUCUGCAGCAACUGUGCAACAAGAUCUUGCACUAGCCUCGGCCUCUUCGCAGGCGCAGCCUCCAUCAUCUUCGCAGACUGCUGGUAGCGGGGGUGAAGCCGGUCGUGUUUGCUCACCAGAGGACCAGCACGACGUCGAGAGGAAGUUGAAGUUGUCAACGAACCCGCCCCGCAGACCUAUGCCCUGCUCAGCUGGAACAAGCUCAGCUAGAGCAAGGUGAGUAAGUACUUAUGUAGAGCUGGGUAGACUUGUCAUGUCUUGCAAACGAGGGCACACGAGGACCAGACACGCCGAGUCUGCUUCUUUGUGCUUGCCCCUUGCUCGUGCUCCUACUGCAACUCUGCAUGUGACAAACUUUGUGCAGAUUUCAAGACGGAGGUCGUUUGGUAGGUACUAGACAUUUGCCACGCUAGACUCCGCCAUAUGGCUAAAGCAGAUCAGGCGCAUUUUGCAUGGCAAAUUGAUGCAAUUAGAGAUCGUUCUUGUUCUGAGUAGGCCAUACAACGUGCGUGGGACGGUCCGUCCCCGAGCAGCGCAGGAGUAUCCUGUGCAAAAGUAUGACACAAAUAACUCAACCAAAGGCAAUUUACCAUCCCCCAUCAAGCAAAAAAAUCAACACAGUAAUCUACUUGUAUUUGUAAUGCAGCUAGUUGAUCUGAUCUAACUAUCAGGCCACUAAACUAGCUAGCUAAAUAAGGUGUUUUUGGAUGGUGAAAGGAGCCCGGAGAUGGACUCUGUUGGUCCACGGAUUCGCCCGAAUCCGUGGACCAACAUAGUCCAUCUCCGGGCUCCUUUCACCAUGCAAAGACACCUUAUCUAGCUACCUUAGUUAAUUAUAAUUAGUACAUUAAAAAGUGGCCUAUUUUACAUGCAAUUAUCUAGCCUGUUUUGCACUAUCAAUUUUUUUUUUUGAUCCCCCAUGGUGUUUUAGAUUUGGUUGAGUUAUUUGUGUCAUAAAAAGAAUCGUACUCGUAUAAAUGCAAGUCUUGCAUUGCAAAAUUUUUUUUUUUGAAAAUAAAUCAGCGUGACAAAUUUUAAUUCUCAUCCUGAGUAAUGCAUUUAUACGAGUACGAUACAUUUGCAGUUCAUAAGGAGGUAUGCGUUGCAAAUGUGUCUGGGUCGUCUGGAAGGUUGUUAUAGUCAUGCUGAUUCGCGAAUGAUGAUGAUCAUGAUGAACAGAUUGCUAUUGCAGUUGCAGUUCGCAGGCAGGCAUGACAUCAAGGUCUUUCAGGAGGAGUUCUGUGCUUUCUUGUUUCUCUUUCUUCACAUAUGAAAAGUCCUUGCACUCUUUUCCAAUAGAAACAAGAGAUGCAGCACCAUGAUGGAUGUUGCGCGGUCACAAACCACACAAGCAGAAGCACAGCUAUGUCAGACAAGAUCAAAAAUUUUUGCAAAUCUUGCGAAUUGUUGAAUUAAGUAUCAUUUUCCAGAAGACCCGGACAGUAGAUUUGCAGUUGAUACAACUAGCAGCGUCCUCGUCGCGCCAACAUGGCCAUGAGCUGUUCUCCACUGCUUGUCCAAUAAGUACAACACCACGACAAGGCCAGGGAGCGGCGAAGAUCAUAUUACCUCACACGCAUAAUUCUUCCACCGGUUCCUGUAGUUCCACCUCCCAAGCCUUCUACCAUCCCACCGUGGCGCAGAAGCGCGGUCGCGAGGCGCGCAAGGAGAAGCAGAAGCAGGACGCGCUGGAUUUUUUUUCGGGCAUGCGCGACAAACUACGGGACUUCCAGCGACAAACUACGCAGCAGCAGGUUCUACUAUCACAGUGCACAGUGUGGUCUAGUCGUCCCACUCAUUGUUCUUUUUUCUCAUGAAAAAUGAUACAACCAAAGCGCCCACAUACAUGCUGCCUUUAGUUGAGCUGGGCGGCCUCAGAUGGCACCCCCGUCCCGAUUUUCUCUUGAUUUUUUUUGAUUUUUUUUUCAAAAAAAAUAUUUUGAUGGUCACUCGUCGUCGGGUGACAACGUUCGCUGGCCAGCCGCGAAGCUAAGCUGCACUAUUCUACUAGACCCUUCUCGUUCUAGUACUGCUUUUAUUUAAAGCGUGUCCGCGUUACAACUUGCUGCUUUCUUGUCUACUUCCAGCGACCUUUUUCGGUAUCCUUUAGAAGUGGUGACGUAUCCUCACAAAAAGUGCUCACUUUUGAUGGCCAAAAGUGAACUCCAAAAAAGUCAUCUUUUCCCAUUUUUACCUCAAAAAAAAAGUCUCUCGAUUUUCUGGAAGGUGAAACCGAAAAAGACCCGCCAUAAUUGAGAAUAUAAGUGCGAGAGGAGACUUUUUUCUAGACUUUUUUUUUGGGUAUGCAAGGUCGGAAGGCGAAAUCGAGGAGGAAAAGCGAGAGACUUUUUUGGAAGCUCUUUUGGCUUCCAAAAAGUGAGCACUUUUUGUGGGGAAAGGUUGCUGCUUGCUUUGGUGAGUGUUUCACGAGUCCACCAUACCACUUGGAAUAGCGUCGACGCAGCAUACCACGCAGCUUCGACUCAACAAAGGAGGUGGGAAGGCGCUGCCGCCUUAGAAAUUCACCGGACGACGUGGGUCGCAACCUUUUUCCCAAUGCAAAGUAAAGCGAAAAAUUCCAAAUUUUUUUUCUAAAAAAAAAUCUCAAAAAAUUGGAAGAAAUUUGGAAGACUUUUUUCAUCUGAGGGGCCCAGCUCAACUUUAGAAGCACCGUCUGCGUGACAAGUUUUAAAAGGAGUUUUUCUUCUUCAAACAGUACGGGUACGAUUUGUGUAAGUUUGGGUGGAUUAUUUCCCAUGCGAAAGCCACACUCGUGGCCUUGCUUAUGUUGCUGUGGCGGGUAGUUUCAAAUUUGAAUGAGGGGAGCGGGAGCAGAGCUGUGUCCUCUCAUAUGGAACGGUGGACCUCGACAAAGGACGAACUGCAAGCGGGAGAAAUGCAAGCGUUGCUCCUGAAGGAAACGGACAAAUCGGAGAAGAAGCUCCUGGAAGAAGUGCUAGAAAUGUACUUUCAACGCCGUCGAAAGCGGAUCAACAUGAUUUGGUGGAUCAUCCUCUCGACGUCGACUUGCUUCACGGCAGUAGCAAAACUGAACCGCCAGCAUGUUGUGCCACGAACACCAAUAAGAAUAAAGAACUCGCUGAACUACAACAAGAUUCGGAUACUACUCCACCUGGCCACGCUGACGCGGCAUCUCCUUGCGUCGCUGAGUUCGCGGGGUCCAGAGGUCAAGGCUCUGCGUGGCAGCGGCACCAAAUAAGGACCAACUUUAAUCGAAGCGGGAUCGCAUCCGGAGCCGCGUCGGCGGGACCACGGGAGGGAAAUGACAAGCAAGAACAUGAUCGCCCAGACUACACAGAACAAAGCCACAGCGCUUGCAAAAAUGAAGGCAGCAAAGUUCUUGUUCCGCCUGUUGUGCUGGAUGAUGCUGCACCUUGUUCUGGUGGCAAGGAACAUGGCGACGAGGGGGCAAGAGUAUUAUCGCAAGCGCGACCUCCAUCGAGUCGUGGCCUAGAUUAUCAAGCAAAAAAGUGUUAACGUUAACGGUUUUCCGCAGAUGGCAGUCAGGCAUUACAAAUUUUGCCUUCCAUGCAUGCUACGCAAUACAAAUUUGCGCACCUUUUCUGAUGCGUCACUGCAUCACAAAUUCCGUUAACGUUAACAAUUUUUCUUGUGAUAUAGAUGACGAGUCCACCGAUGGCCCCGCCCGCGUGAAAAAUAUCAAAACCAAAAGUACAACUUCUAUGCGGCCACCUAUCCUGAGUAAAAACAUCCCCACCCCAGAGUUGUCAUGCAGAUUUGCAAUUGCAGGAAUCCGCAUGUUGUGGAAUCCGCAUCACAAGUUCAAGAAGAUCCGUGGGUCGUUCAAGAAGAAGAUCCGUGGGUCGUACAAAAGUAAGUAG